CACAGAGAGUGUGUCGGAUGGUUUUGUGGUGUGUUUCUGCAGCAGCAGUGUGUGACUGAUGUUUGAAGGUUCAGACUUCGUGGGGACAGAGCUGAGGACUGUGUCAGUGCUGCCUGCGUGAGUAUGGCACAUAUGUUUCAGCUUCAUGCCUUGGCUAUCAGCGCUUUGUUUGCAGCUCUUUUAACUUGCGGCAGAUGCAUCAAACAAACUCGGUUCCCACUCUGGACAAGGAUCGAUACCGCUUUGCUUUGGUCUGACCUUGAGCUGAGCUCAAAAUCUUCGCUAUGAUUUGAACCCGACAGAUUUUCACCCAAAACUAUUUCCACAUCUCAUUGAAUUUUUUUUGAUUUUUUUUUUUAAAUUUUGCUCUGAUCCUUUAGUUCUUGUAGUAUCGAGUUAGGGGCCCGUGUCUUGUCCGGGAGGGGGUUUUAAUGAUGUAAAACAAUCAGGCUGAAGCAGUGUCACUGUAAAAUGAAACCUCGGCUCCCCACCAGCAGGCUGCUGCGCGCGCGUCUCAUUAACAGGAUCGCUUUACAACCAGUCAAACAAACAGGUCAUUAUCCAUCCCAGCAUGCGCUGCCUGCAAGGGACCCUCCACAAACCCAAGUUUUACUCCUAAAAACACUCAAAUUAGAAUAUCAUCGGUCCGUGUUUAUCUCGUGCCUUGGCGAUUCUUCAACUAAAAACACUUUUGUUUAACACCGUCGCUUCCUUCUGGGCAUGGCGUUAAAGCCAACAGCAUUGUUACAGAGUGGAGAAACGCACAAUGACAUUAAAUCUCGUUUAUGUGAUUUUUACGCUCUUGGUGGGCUACACCUUUCUGAUCUUGGACGACGUUGUGAGUUAGACAUAUGAAUUAAAAAGAUUCCCUUUUAUCGUUAAAAAGCCGAUCAGAACUAAAUCAUUUUGGGUGAAAAGUUUGAUUAUUUAACAUCACAAUCAAUUUAGAUAAUAGAGAUUCAAUGUAAGUUAACCGUAAACAAUGUAUCAUAACUUUUCUUUCCUUGACGUGAUUCAACCUCGAUCACAUUUUUAUUGUAUUCUAACCACUCAGGAAAUACAAAUAAGACUCCUCUAAUCUCAUUUCUUCCAGGACACUUUGUAGGGGGGCGGUUGUCCAGCUUCUGGCCACCUGCCCAACGACACCUGGUAAACGAUACCGCCUCUCUGCGCAUGCGUAAUAGCUUGCCAAAAAUCCCAACGCCGUCCUGCCUGUCAACCAAUAGUGUUCCAAUCUGUCCAGAGAUAAAGUCAGAGGAGCAGGGAGCAGAGGAGUGAAGUAGAGGAUUUCAGACCCUCAACACCGAGAGAAAGAAAGAGAGAAAGAAAACAUGCCGAGGUCCUUCCUGGUGAAAAGUAAAAGGGCCCAUAGCUACCACCAGCCCCGGUACCCAGACGAUGACUUUACAAGGCUGGACACCAUCCUGGCGCAUGUGUGCGCAGGUAGGUUCAUUUGUGCGCAAUUACGCACGGAAUUGGUGGAGAGUAGGAGCAAUUUCUUGUAACUGGAAAUGAUUCACAUCUUGUUUUUCGAAGUGAAAUGAAUCAAUAUCUUUUUUAUACAAAAGUGACACCAGUUGCAUAUUCAGAGCGAGUUUGAUCACGCUGUCUGCUCUCUCUAGAAACCAAAUGUCAAGCAGAAUUGGAACCGCAGGAGGAUGUAAGCGCUGGUGAUGACGGACUUCCCCCCGGGUCCAGGUUGCUAUCUCCGGGGUCUCUAUCCUCCAGCUCCCCGUUGAGCUGCGGAGGCAGUGUCUGUGACCGGUCUUCUGACUGUGAUUUCUGGCGUCCCCCGUCUCCUUCCUCCUCACCAGGUCUGUUUACAUGCUUUUCAUUCAGAUGUUUGCGCACCACAACUUUUCUCCCGCAGAGAUGAGCAUUGAAAUUAUACAGUUUUGAUGAUUUUAAACAAAGUUCAAGCAGUUCAUGAUCAAAUUUUGAGGUCAGAAUUAUGAGAAAUUCGGGAAUAUUGAAAUGUUUUCAUUCAUCAAAGUUGAAAACACAUUCUUUAAGGUAGACAACGUUUGGAUGAAGUGACUAUACAGUUACAGGUGUUUUAUUCUGAAAUGACUUUGCUUUAUCACGGCUUGUUCUCGUGAAGCUUAAACGCUGUCAAUAUAUCAGAACUGCAGUUUGCUCUACUCUCUACUCACACCGUAACCUUAAUGAACUUCCAGAUUCAGAAAAGUGCUCCACUCCUUCAGUAGAAGAAGGCCACCACUUCAGCAUCCCCCUCUUUCCGUACUCCUGGACGGCCUUUUCUGGUUCGGACCUGAGGCAUCUAGUUCAGAGGCCUUAUCAUCAUCAGCAUCACUUGCAGGGCCACAGGGAGCCUCACUCACCCGCUUACGGUGUUGAAGACAGCGGCACGGAGCAGCUUUACGCACAGCGGGGCACUGCGUCCGGACGUUACCAGGACUUCUCCUCAGCGGGCCAACAGAUCUGCAGGAUGCGGGACCGAGACGAGCUUUAUCUGGAUGUGAGGCAGAAGCAGCGCGGGGUCGAAAUCAAGUCUGAAAGUGACUUUAUUUGUUCUAAUCUGGAGACAAGUGGAACCUUUAAGUGUAUUAAAUGCUGCAAGGUAGGUUAAAGUUUAUUCCACAAUUGUUAAUUUGUUUCGUUUUAGUAUUUUUAUUAUUGUUUUUAAUUUUGAAAGAUUUAAAAUGAUCAAAGUUUCCCCUUUUUAGAGGCCAAGGUCCAGUUCUUUAUUUAAAUGUGAUCUCCCCAACACAAUCAAUACGAAGAUGUGAAAAUAUCUGAACACUUAACAUGUUUUCAUGUCCUUUUUUCUGUAGGUGUUCUCCACUCCUCAUGGGUUGGAGGUUCACGUGCGGCGAUCGCACAGUGGGACGCGGCCGUUUGAGUGCGGGAUCUGCGGGAAGACCUUCGGACACGCAGUGAGCCUGGAUCAGCACAGAGCGGUUCACUCGCAGGUAAAGGCCCUAACUCAGCUCCAAGGCCCCGGACGAGCCACGGAUUCUCGGCCUUCUUGGUUUCUUAUUGGUAAAUAAAUCACUUCGUGUCUCCUAAAAUUAAAUGUGUUAUUUUUUCUUUCCAGGAAAGGAGCUUCAGCUGUAAAAUCUGCGGCAAAAGCUUCAAGCGCUCCUCCACCCUCUCCACGCACCUGCUCAUUCACUCGGACACGCGGCCUUAUCCAUGCCAGUACUGCGGAAAGAGGUUCCACCAAAAGUCCGAUAUGAAAAAACACACCUUCAUCCACACUGGUAGGACACAAAGAAUAUUAAAGGGUGGGGGGUGGGGUGGGCAAAUCAGUGUUUCACCGCGUGUCGUGCGUAAAGAUAACUCCCCCUGGACACUUGUGUUUAUUUGAUCUCUUUCCUCCAUCAGGUGAAAAACCGCACAAGUGCCAGGUGUGCGGAAAGGCCUUCAGUCAGAGCUCCAACCUGAUCACGCACAGCAGGAAACACACGGGGUUCAAGCCUUUCGGCUGUGACCUGUGCGGGAAAGGGUUCCAGCGGAAAGUGGACCUGAGGAGACACAAGGAGACGCAGCAUGGACUCAAAUGAACACAAAAUCCUGCACUUUAAAUGUAUCCGAAGUCUGUUGUAUUUAUUUAUGUUGAAUUGCAAUUAUUUCUAUUGUUGUAACGUAGUUAAUUAUUUAGCCUGGGAUCUUCUGGUUGAUUUUAUGGAAAUAAAACCAUAUUUAUCAAACA